AUGGCUUCAUCAAGUGUUUCGGCUACUCAAAGUGUUGGAUCUUCUGAAGCAACCACACUUAAAAGGAGAUCAAAUGAUGUAGGGUGGGAAUAUGGUAUUUUAGUUGAUGGGAAAAAGUUGGAUGAAGUAAAAUGCUUGUUGUGCGGGAAAGUUUUAUCCGGUGGAGUGCAUCGAAUAAAAGAGCAUAUUGCUCAUAUACAAGGAAAUCGUAUUGAUGGUGCAAUAUGGAAGGAAAGGUCAAAUAAAGUGAAAGGAUAUAUAUGUAGAUGUGCAUAUGAGGCCGCUAUUCCUUUUCAUGCAUUUGAAAAAGAUAGCUUUAAGAUGAUGUUAGAAGCAACUGCACAAUUUGGUCCCGGAGUUGAAUCACCAAGUAGAUAUGAGAUGAGUGAAACAUUCUUGAAGAAAGAAGUUGAUAAAGUGAAAGAGUCUUUGAAGAUACAUGAAGAGGAGUGGAAGCAAAAUGGAUGCUCAAUCAUGACGGAUGCUUGGACCGAUAGAAAGAGAAGAAGUGUAAUGAAUUUGUGUGUGAAUUCAACUUUAGGUAUCGUUUUCCUUACUUCUAAAGAAUGUUCACUUGAUUCACACACAAGUGAAUAUAUUUAUGAGUUUGUUGAGUAUGGUAUUGAACAAGUUGGAGUUGAAAAUGUUGUUCAAGUUGUCACGGAUAAUGCCUCAAACAACAUGGGAGCUUCAAAGUUGUUGAAAGAGAAAAGACCAACCAUCUUUUGGACUUCUUGUGCCACCCACACGAUAAAUCUAAUGCUUCAAAGCAUUGGAAAUAUCCCAAGGUACAAGAAAGUCCUUGAUCAAGCAAAGGCUUUAACGAUCUUUAUUUAUGCUCAUCACAAGACUUUGGCAAUGAUGAGAACUUUCACAAACAAGAGAGAUAUAGUGAGACCCGGUGUGACUAGAUUUGCAUUUUCAUUCCUUACUUUGCAAAGUUUAGCCGAGAAGAAGAUUGAACUAAGGGCAAUGUUUUCUAGCAAUGAAUGGGAGGCAUGUAAAUUUUCCAAGAUAGCUAAAGGGAAGGUAGCACACACAACCGUAACAAGUUUGGGAUUUUGGCAAGGUGUAACGGCAUGUUUGAAGGUUUUUGCACCAUUGGUGAGAGUACUUCGACUUGUUGAUUGUGAUAGCAAGCCAUCAAUGGGGUUUGUAUAUGGUGAGCUUAUGAGAGCAAAAGAGGAAAUCAAACAUGCUUUAUCCGAUGUCCCAAGGAACUAUAAAUCGAUUAUUGACAUUAUUGAAGAAAAAAUGAAAGAUAGGCUUGACUCUCCUCUUCAUUUGAUGAUUUUAAGUGAAGAAUUGUCAAAAUAUAAGAAGAAGGAGGGGAUGUUUGGAAGAAGUAUCGCAAUCAAAGCAUGUGAGGUGAAUGAUGACAACUUUAAUCUAGCAAAUUGGUGGUCAAAUUUUGGUACCUCAGCCCUUUUAUUGAGAAGAAUAGCCAUGAAGAUUCUUUCUUUAACAUCUAGUUCUUCGGGGUGUGAAAGAAAUUGGAGCACGUUUGAAGAGAUACAUACAAAGAAGAGAAAUAGACUUGAAUCAAAUCGUCUCAACAAUUUAGUUUUUGUCCAAUUUAAUGCUACUUUGAUGAACAAGAGCAAGCAAGAUAAAAAUAUUGAAAAGUUGGUUGGUAGUGAUGCAAGUUUAGUACAAGAUUGGAUUGUGGAAAAUCUUGAGAAUGAUGAUACUGAGCCGGGAUUGGAUUGCAACAAUAAUGCUAUGGAAGUGGAUGAAGCAUUACAACCCCGUAGAAGUGCUAGAUUGGGGGAUCUUGAUGAAGAUAACUUUGAAUCGGAAGGGGAAAGUGAGGAGGAAAUAAAUGAAGUGGAGUUUGAAGAUGAUGGGCUACAUGUUAUUGAGCAAUAUGGACAAUAUGAAGAAAUUGGCAAUGAUCCUAUUCAAUCAUGA